CGAGAUGUAAAACGAGAUUUGCUAAAAUGUUGAUGUUUUGAACAGAUAAAUACAGAAAAUGGUUUGUUUUCUCUUAAACCAGGCACCCAUUUGACAUUAUUCAACGAUGAUAUGAUGUUUUAUAUAUAAGAGGCAGGAGUUAGCUGAAAUUAUUGACAUUUGUCCAUAAAUUGUUGAGGUGCCCAACUAGAACAGAGUCAUGAGUGGCGGAAACACACGAGAAAUGUGGUUGAAUGCUGUUAAACAGGGAGGAGGUUUACAUGGUACUAAACGUGGGGUUAACACAACCAGGAAAUCGGCAACGGAAUAUUGGACUGAUACACUGAGAAAAACAGGCCAUGGCAUAAGUACAGAGAGCACUCCCAAUGGAAUGACUGGUCUGAAGUCAAGUCGGGCGAUGCCAUACAACAGCACUAGUCACUAUAUGAGGCAACUGGCAGGGACUGAGAGGCGCAAGAAUGGAACUAUAGACCCAACUGGUAAACCUUCCCCAGGUACUCCAGCAUAUAAAUCUUCUGAGGAAUAUUAUGAUGAGAUUCUUGAACUCAAGAAAACCAUCCAGGCCAUGAAAGUGCAGGACACAACGUUGAAGUCAAAAUUACGACGUGUUGAAGAAGAUAAUCUGAAAAAAGAAAGAGAUAUCGAGAAACUUCUAGAUCCAUCCAAGGGUGAUGAAAUGAGGCGUACCCUAGCAGACAGGCGGCCUGAUGCAGGGACGACAAUACACAGCCUUAAGCAGAAGAUACUAAAGGUUGAACAGCAAUAUAGAGACAAAGAGGCAGCAUACAAUAAACUACAAGCAGAUAUAAAAUCCACAAAGAUUGAAGAGAUGAAACUGCACACAGAAAUGAUGUAUCAGGAGAUUGUGAGAUUGAGAAAUGCAGAUACGAUAGACUCGCCAAAGAAGAAUCACACCAAGGCAGCGCCUGUCAAAGAAACUCCAGGUCGGAUGAAGGCCUUACAAGAAACGAUACUCCGAAUGAAUGAGACAAACACACGAUUGCAGUCAGAAAAUAGAACGCUAAAACAGGACCUUGAAUCUGCGCUUGAACAGCAUGCUCAAGAUAAAAAUUCUCUAAAAAAAGACUAUGAAGACAUGAAUAAAAGAGAAUUAAUGGGUGCAAUCUCAAGACUAGAAAAGAAAAUGGAAAAGAAUAAUAUAGAUACAAUAUCCAUGACAUCAGAGACAGGCAGUCGGCGUGCAGACACAUCAGGGAAGAUAUCACUAGAGGGUAACAUGGCACAGAAACUUGAUCAGUUAGACAAACGAGAAACUGAACUUAUUGAAGAAAAUGAAAAACAGAGAGGAACCAUCAAAAAACUCAAGGAGGAUAGGUUACAUUACAGGAAAAAGGGAGAAGAGAAAGAUAAACAGAUCAAGCUUCUAAAGAAGGAUGUUGAAGAUUUGCAGCAAGAGUUAGACCAGUUCUAUGAAAAUGAUAGGAAUAGAACCAUUACCCCAAGAGUAACUCCAAGGAAAAGAACGCCACAACUUAGCAGGCAAGAUUCAAGAGAAUCGCUCAUGAGUCGAACAAGUGUUGCAACAAACCGUACCAAUGGAACAGCUCGUUCUAGUGCUACAAACCGUACCACAAAUAGUCGGAGAGACAGGCGAGAGCAAGAUCGUAAAGUGCGGGAAUUUACAGAAAACCAUGCUGCUAAAAGAAUUCAGCGCGGCUGGAGAGAUCAUAAGAUAAAAGAUGACGAAGACGAGGUUGAAAGGCGACACACACAAAAUAAGAAAGUUCGUCAAUUUACGGAGAAUCGUGCAGCAAGAAAAAUUCAAAGUGGGUGGAUAGAUUACAAAGGACGCUGUAAUGAAAGAGAAACUGAUGAUGCUGUGGAAACCAUCCAAUCAGCAAUCAGAGGUCAUUCAGCACGGCGCCGCUAUAUGAAUCAAAAUAAUGAUUCAGACGUAACUGAUAGUGAGGCUGACAGCGCUGCGGAAUUGAUCCAGUCAUCUUUUCGAGGCCAUAUUUCUCGCAAGGAGCAAAUGAGACGAAGGCCUUUAACGCCACCUACAUACCAGCUCUCCGAAUCUGAUCCAGAAUUGGAUGAUGCUGCCCUCUAUAUUCAGUCAACAUUCCGGGGCCACCAGGCUCGUAAAGAUCAACUGAAAGCUAGGCCCUCCACCCCAAUGUCUGAGAGGAGCAGUCGAUUCAGUAGUCGAGGUUUAGACUCUGCUGGGGAGGAGGAAGACUCAGACAGCGUUAUAAUGAAUUCAUCUUCUCGGAGGUCAUCAGCCCAUCACCCAUCUUCACCACAUUCCGCAAGAAGUUCUGUCAGGUCCCAUGCAUCAUCUCGUCCAAUGUCUGGCAAAACUCGGAGUUCACCCAGAGGUAGCACAGGUCGACGAACACCAGUCAAAGCAACAAUCAGCGACGAUGAUGAUGAUGAUGACAUCAUAUUCUAAUGUGACAUCACAAUCUAAUGUGACAUACUCAAAUGUGAAAUAAUAUUCUAAUGUGACAUCAUACUCAAAUGUGACAAAAAUGGGACACUUCUUCUUCCGGUUAUUUCUAU